AUGACCGCCAUUGCGACAGACGACCAUUCUCGAGCUCUGGGAAGCAAUCAACAAAAGAUCCCGCCAUCACAAAAGCAGAAGCACGCCAACCUGAGCGACGAGCAAAGGGCAGACUCCCUCCGCAAAAAGGUCGAAACAGUCAUGGCUGGCUGGGGGGCUCCUCCACGAACGGGGUCGACCAGGGGUGUUUUGCUACCUAUGGUCAGAGUCUCCAUCCAUCAGUUCACGGCCACUCGCCAGACCGUCCGACAUCGCCCAAGUUAA